AUGAACGAUUCGGGUGAUCUGAGGGACGAUCUCAGUCUAGCUCAAGGAGCUGUUUUGGUGAAGUCUUGUGAGAUAAUUAGAUUUGUGGUCCAGCACAAUCUCGUGGACUGUGUGGUGACGAGUGCUGGCGGAGUUGAAGAAGAUAUCAUUAAAUGCCUCCUACCUUCAUACUUAGGCGAUUUUCGCAUGGACGGCAAAGAUUUGCGCUCACGUGGGUUAAAUCGCGCUGGCAACAUCCUAAUACCGAAUGACAAUUAUUGUGCGUUUGAAGAUUGGUUGUCACCAAUACUUGACGAAUGCCUGAAAGAGCAAGAAGAGCGUGGAUACAGCUGGACUCCUUCGAAACUUAUACGAAGAUUAGGCGAGAAGAUAGAUAACGAAGAUUCUAUUCUCUACUGGGCAGCACGAAAUCAUAUUCCCAUUUUCUGUCCAGCAUUAACAGAUGGAAGCCUCGGAGAUAUGCUGUAUUUCCAUUCAGUUAAGAAUAUGCCAGGAAUUCGGGUAGACAUUGUGGAGGACGUGCGUCAUAUCAAUACGAUGGCAGUGAAAAGCCAAAAGACGGGGACUUUAAUUCUUGGAGGCGGAGUCGUCAAACAUCACAUAAAUAAUGCGAAUCUGAUGAGGAAUGGCUCGGAUUUCACGGUUUAUAUCAAAUACCGGAAUGGAGUUCGAUGGCUCAGAUUCUGGGGCGCAGCCUGA